GCAGCGGCAUCGCCGCCUCAAGAUGGCGGCCCGGCGGCGCGGCGCUUCCUGACGCCAUGGCGGCCGCCGGGCUCGGGGCGCUGCUGCUGCUGCUGCUGCUUCUGGCGGCUCCGUGCGCGGGGCAGCGACAUGGGGAGCCUGUUUUUCAGCCUUCCUUUAUCCACAUGUCUGGGCUAAGAGUUAAUUCAUUUUUUCUUGGAGAUUCUUCAGGAGUUAAUUUUUCCAUUAUUGUAGAUGCUAUAGAUAAAGAGACAGGGAAUGUGCAAGUUGCAAGCUGCAGUGGAAGUGAAAGAGUUGGUGAUUGGGAUUUGAGUGUAACACCUGGUGUGGGUGCAUCCAAAGUGACUGUAACCUUCACUAGAAGUCUGCAGUUAUGUUUGCCCAAUGCCACUGACUGCUGCACAGCACCUCUCUGUGUGGUGGAAACUCUUCAGGUUGCAGCUUGCAGUGGUUCAGUGAUGCUGGCGCAUCUCCUGAUUCAAGCUGAAAUAUAUGCUAACUCUUCCUUCAUAGGAAAUGUGUCAGAAAAUGCAUCUGUCAUCCCUAACCAGGCAUUUCAGCCCUUGGGCUCCUGUCCUUGUGACUUGACAGAUGGAGCUUGUGAUGUUCGUUGUUGCUGUGAUCCGGAGUGUACAGCAGACCUGAAGCAGUUAUUCAAUAGAUCAUGUUUCUCUGGAGUGUUUGGUGGGGAUGUAAACCCACCUUUUGAUCAGCUGUGCUCUACAAAGACAACAGAAUAUACUCCUGAUUGGUUUCCCCUCCUUUGUGUACAGUCUUCUCUUAGCAAUACACCAUUUCUUGGCUAUUUUUAUGAUGGCUCUAUUUCUGCACCCAAAGUUCCUCCAUUUAGGAUCCCUGUACAAGCUUCUCCUGGGAAACUCUUCACUGGUUACAGACCAGGAGAUCCAAUUAUGACAGAGGAUGAUGAGUAUUUUACCAUCCCUCAGUCCCUGGCAGGGCUGUGUGUUGGGAAUGCCCCUGUAGCGUAUCUGCAGGAGUUUGAUGUGAAGUGCCUUUCUGAGGCAGAAUCUUACAAGGAAGGACUGCCCCAUGAUGUGAGAAUCAACAGUGGAGCAGGAGAUUUCAUCCAACAAAAUGUGAUGUACAGAACCAUCACUGACACGGGCAAAUUCGUCACUAGAAGUGAAGGCCUUCCUACAGCGGGGGUUCCAUGUCAAAAUGUAACCUUUGCAGAACAUUAUGUAUUCAUGUGCAAAGAUGACAACAUAGAGGGAGUCAAUGUCACAGUCUUCCUUGGAAGUUUAUGUGAUGGAGAAACACUGACACAGAGAUUCACAGCUGAAUUUGUGAGCUUAAAGAGUGCUAAUGCAUUAGAAGUGUCUGAUACUCCAGGUUAUCGAGUUGGAAAUGCAGUGAGAGCUGCAAAUCUGAAUGCUUCUGAUACUGCUGGCAGCUUAAGAAUUUGGCAGCCAGCUGACAGAGGUCUGUGUUCGUCAGCUGCUCACGCACCAGUUCUGUUUGGGGUAGAUUCCUUCUCUGGAUGUGUGCUGGAAGUUGGCAUCAAUGAAAACUGCAGCCUUUUAAGAGGAAAUGUAACUGAGAAACUGAAUUCGUUAAUACAAGCUACUCAUGUUGGAAAGAGACACAAUUCCAAUGACAGUGAUCUCAAUGACUGGGUGGAAAUUAUACGCCUCGAUCCAUCUAAUGCGAAUAUCAGUGCAAGCCCUGCAGAUCUGACAGGCAUUUGCCCAGAUGUUCCUGCCAGUCUGAACAUCCGCAUCAUUUUUGCAGCUGUGGGUGCAGUGCAGGGGAUUCCCAGGGAAGAGAUACUCGCCGUGCAGAUCAGUUACUCAACAGUCACAUGGCAGUUCCAGUGUGGGCUCACCUGUGAAAACACUGCCAGCCUGCUUCCCAUCACUGCUGCUGUUCAGUUCAUCCGAGUGCCGGCUCAGCCACCGGUUCCCCUGACCAGGAUUCAGAUUAAUUACACAGAAUUUGACUGUGAUCGAAAUGACGUGUGCUGGCCGCAGCUGUUCUACCCGCUGACACGGUUCUACACAGGAGAGCCAUAUUCACGCCGCCUGGCUGCAGGCCUGGCACUGGCCUUCCUGGCUGUCCUGGCAGCAGUGUUCGGGAGCCCGUGCUUUUCUCAAGUGUGGGAGAAUUUCUCCAUUUAAAAACCUUGAUGUCGAAAGAACCACUUU